AAAAGAAACAAGAAACACAAAAAAAAAAAAAAAAAAUUAGGUCUUCAAAAGCUCAAAAAAAAAAAUCAAUGGCUGUCCUCACUACCUAUGUUAGAAUGGCACCUCGCAGAAUAUCUUCAUAUCUUCAUAUGUUUAUUUAUUUAUUUUAUUUUAUUUGUUCAUCAAAUUUAAUAGUAUCUGUUGUCUCUUUAUGUAUAUGCUUUUUUCCUUGGGGGAAACAGAGGGUGGAAGACGUGUGAUACAUGGUUUUUGUUUCUUUACUUUUCUUUACUCUUUUUACUCUUAUUUCUAGCUUUUUUUUCGCUCACGACUCAGGAUGAUAUGGUUGGCAUGAUGAUUGAUUGAUUGAUUGAUUGAUAUCUUUACUUUACAUAGCUUAGGCUACAAAAUGGAAUAGUGCAUGUUUA